GUGACUUUGAUGUCUGAAGACUUGCCCAGAAUACUCAGAAUGAACUGUGUUUUCUUCCUUGCAGUCCAGUGAUGCAUAUCAUCAUUGCUGCCUUGUUUGUGGUGAUUGUUAUAGUUCUUUUAAUACCUACGAUUUCGAGAGGAGAUGCCAAGGUGUCUUGUGUUUUCAAGGAGAGCUGCAUCUUACCAUGUAGUUUCCAGGGUGACAUUGAAGAAGAUCCAUACAUCCACUGGAUGCACUUGUCAGAGGGACACCCUCUUGUCUACUUGCACUAUGACAACAAAGAGCAGCUCACAACCCAGGACCAGCAAUUCAGAAAUAGGACGUCACUGUUCAAGGACCAGCUCUCCAGAGGAAAUGCGUCGCUCCAGCUGGCAGGGGUGCAGGUUCUGGACGAGGGCAGAUACAGCUGCUACAUCAGCACCGAUAAUAGAGAGAAGGAGUCAUUUAUCGACCUCGAAGUGCACAGUAUGAGAAACCAAAGUACCCCAGUCAAAGUCAGCAUUCAGCAUGUAGGAAACAGGAUCACCUGCAGCUCAGAGGGCAUCUAUCCUGAACCUGAGCUCACCUGGUCAACCAGACCUCCAUCCAAGGUGAGCUUCAAGAAUACAACAACAGUCGAGCAGACCAAGCAGCAGCUCUACAACAUCAAUGGUUCUUUGAUAGCUUCACUCGAUGAAAGUGAUCGAGUCUACAGCUGCACUGUGAGCACUCAGAGAAACAGGAGGAGAGCCAGUCUGAGGCAGCUACAACAGAUUAAUGGCAGCGACCUUGAGGCAACAAUCUCCUGUUCCUCUUCAAACACUUCUCUAAUGAGCCUCAUUUGGAGAUUCAACCACAGUCAGAUCAUUGUGAGCAGGUCUGGACCCAGUGACAACUAUACAGUCUCAGAGAGGUGGAAGCAGCAUGUGAAGGGUGUCUCAGAGUCAGGCAACCUCAUUUUAAAGUAUUUGUCUUCAGAUCAAGAUGGAAUAUACUCAUGUGAAAUCAGUGAUGCUGACGAAACAGUCAUAACUGAAACGUGUAUGAGGAUAAGUGAAGAUAAUUCGGCGAAGGUUGGCGUCACCAUCGGGGUGGUUUCAGUCCUAGCCCUUUUUCUGAUACUGUGCUGUAAAAAGAAAAAAGAUGUGUUAACAGAUAAACUUGAAGAUAAAUAAAGUAAAAUCUCCAGUGAAACAUCUCCCUCUUUUUAUCAGCCACCAACAUGACUCUGCUUCAGUUGAAUGUCUCUGAAGGAAAAAGAGAAGAAGACGACAAUCACAUGUGAAGUGCAAAGUUGACUUAUCACACUAAAAAAUGUGGGCGAAAUUGAUGUGACAAAGUUAACUGCAACUUAAUUGUAAUUAGUAAUAGUCUUUUAAUCUUUUGUUAAAUAAACAUCAGUGUUGAUAAUUUUAUACAUUUUAAAAAUUGUUUAUAAUUUUAUAAAUUAAGAUAUGUUUUUUUGUUCCUUGUCUAGUUACUGUUGUCUCCAUGUUCCUUCUGUCUCCCCAGUUAGUCGUGUCUCUAUGUCUGGGUGUCAGGUCCACGACUUUGUAAAUGUCUCUUGUUUCCUGUUUUAUUUUGAUAGUCCUUGUCCUCUGUACAGUGUAUCUAGUUUUGCUUCCCCUUGUCUCAUUAGUCUGCUGACUCACAGCUGUGUUUCCCUCCUGUUUCCCAUUCCCUUGUGUAUUUAAACCCUGUGUUUUCCUUUCCCCUUGGUCAUGUUGUGCCACCUCAGGUGCUGUAAGUCACUGUGUGGGUCUAGUUUCACAGUGUUUUCUUCUUAGUUUCUUAUUCAAGUUUUUAGUUUGUUUUGUGCGAGUUUAUUUUUAUGGAGUAUUGUUUCCCAGUGAAUAAAGCUGCUAUUCUAAGUUUA